UGACUAUUGCAUUACGACAAUAAAAACACUGGCUAAGAUUUAUCAAGUGCCUGCUGUGGAUCAAGUUCUGUGCGAAGUGCUUUAUACGCUGUAUCACAACUGACUCUUGCAACAACUCAAUGAGAGCCUGAGAAGCCAACCGGAGCCAACCAAGUUUCAGGACCUGAACUGCUUGAUACUAACAUCACCAAGGAUGAGCUGUUCUUACCAGAGAUUCCUCAGUUCCUGACAGCACACCUCUCCCCAGAGGAGGAGAGAGGGAGGAGCCGCAUUGAUCCAGCCGGAGCAUCUCCCGGAGGCGCCUCUGGAUGCCCGCGGAGGCUGCCCCUCGCCGCAGCAGGGAGCCUCCGACUGCCCAGCGCGUGGACAUGGCUUUGCUCAGCGACAUCCUGGCCGCCUAUUCCUUUGUCUCAGAGAACCCCGAGCGAGCAGCCCUGUACUUCGUGUCGGGCGUGUGCGUGGGCCUGGUCCUCACGCUGGCCGCGCUGGUGACCAGGCUCUCCUGCCGCACGGACUGCCGGCGGCGGCGGCGGCCCCGAAAGAGGUUCCUGCAGGACCCCGAGAGCAGCAGCGACAGCAGCGACAGCGAGGAUGGCAGCUCGGACACGGCGUCUGACCUCUCGGUCCGGAGACACCGGCGCUUCGAGCGGACUUUGAACAAGAACGUGUUCACGUCGGCGGAGGAGCUGGAGCGCGCGCAGCGGCUGGAGGAGCGCGAGCGCAUCCUCAGGGAGAUCUGGAUGAACGGGCAGCCCGAGGUGCCGGGCACCCGCAGCCUCAACCGCUACUACUAGGGCGGGCCGGCCCGCACCGCUGGAAGCUGCCCGCCCGCCCCGGGAAGGAGGAGGGCUGCAGGCAGGGGGCGCUCAAGGAGCAGAACGCGGUUCUUCCGCGGGCACUGCGGGCGCCCGAGAGACGCAGGACGCCCC